CAAGUCCACUCACUGUCUUCUCCCCUCUCCCGUCUCCCCUCAGCUGCUCCAGCAAGUUCCCAGGAGCAGUGAGCCGGUGUCAGACUGGGAGGGAGGGAGAGGAGUGGAAUGCCUGCAAGCUGAGCAGCUCCGAAGUCGGCGCUGUCCCAUGGAAGCCUCUCAGAACUGAGAGAACAGAGAAGGGGAGAGAGAUUAGAGACAGCAGGAGGAGGGGAAAGAGAAAGAGAAGACAUGUGUGUGCGCGCGUGCCCGCCGCCGUAGAGAGCAAGAGCGUGCGCGUGCGUGCUGCCGCCCGGCAAGGACAAGGUCUCCAUGACAACCGGCCUGGCCGGCUCGUAGCGCGCUGCUCACUUGGCUGGAAGGAGCGCCUGGAAAGGUCAGAGGAAGGAGCUGUGGGAAGCUCGCAGCAGGUAGUGGAGCUUAAGCGAGUGGAUUGGGGGCCCUGGGCUCCCUGGCCGACCCCGGUGUGAGCCAGACUCUGCCGAGAAUGGAGUGGGCAGGGAAGCACCGCGACUUCCAGGGCUCUGGAUUUGCAGAGAGCCGAAAUGACCAUGACUGCCAACAAGAAUUCCAGCAUCACUCAUGGAGCCGGAGGCACUAAGGCCCCUCGGGGGACUCUGAGCAGGUCUCAGUCAGUCUCUCCACCUCCAGUUCUCUCCCCGCCGAGGAGCCCCAUCUACCCCCUCAGUGAUAGUGAGACCUCAGCCUGCAGGUACCCCAGCCACUCCAGCUCCCGGGUGCUGCUCAAGGACUGGCAGCCUCGUGAUCCUUCACCCCACAAUCCUCAAGCUCCCUCCCCAGAUACUUCACCACCCAGCUGUUCCCUCAAGGCCACCAGCUUCAGUUACUUGGACAGAAGCCCUUCCGUGUGCAAGAGAGAGGACCAGAAGGAGACAGUCCAAGGCGCAGCCCAGGAUGUAGAGGGCGUGGCUGUGUGCCUCCCCCUCGCCCAGAGCACUCCAUUCCCAGGGCCAGCGGCUGGCCCACGGAGUGCCUUGCUGACCCGCGCUGGCACCCGUGCCCACAGCCUGGGCAUCCGGGAGAAGAUUUCAGCAUGGGAAGGUCGCCGAGAGGCCCCGCCCAGGAUGAGCAUGUGCGGCGAGAAGCGAGAGGGCUCGGGGGGCGAGCGGGCAGUCAGUGAGGGCUGCCCCAGCGUGGGCUGUCCCAGCGUGGUGCCUUCCCCCUGCAGCUCGGAAAAGACCUUUGAUUUCAAGGGCCUCCGGAGGAUGAGCAGGACCUUCUCCGAGUGUUCCUACCCUGAGACCGAGGAGGAGGGAGAGGCACUCCCUUUCCGGGACUCCUUCUACCGGCUGGAGAAGCGGCCAGGCCGGAGUGAGCCCAGUGCCUUUCUCAGGGGGCAUGGCAGCAAGAAAGAGAGCUCAGCAGUGCUGAGCCGGAUCCAGAAAAUUGAACAGGCCCUGAAGGAGCAGCCAGGCCGGGGACUACCCCAGCUCCCCAGCAGCUGCUACAGUGUAGACCGAGGGAGGAGGAAGACUGGAACCUUGGGCACCUUGGAGGAGCCGACAGGGAGCGCGAGUGUGAGCGCUGGCAGCCAGGCAGUAGGAGUGGCUGGAGUUGGGGGGGAGGCGGGCCCACCCCCAGAGAGGGAAGGCAGUGGCUCCACUAAGCCAGGGACCCCUGGAAAUAGCCCUGACUCCCAAUUGCUGCCAUCGAAGAGCUCCCCUGAUCCCGCUGUGAACCCUGUCCCUAAACCCAAGCGCACCUUUGAAUACGAGGCUGACAAGAAUCCCAAGAGUAAGCCAAGCAAUGGUCUACCUCCUUCACCCACACCUGCUGCUCCACCCCCCUUACCCUCCACCCCAGCCCCACCAGUCACCCGGAGACCCAAGAAGGAUGUGCGUGGUCACCGCAAGUCCCAGAGCAGGAAAUCUUUUGAGUUUGAGGAUGCAUCCAGUCUCCAGUCCCUGUACCCCUCUUCUCCCACUGAGAAUGGUACUGAGAGCCAACCCAAGUUUGGAUCCAAAAGCACUUUAGAAGAGAAUGCCUAUGAAGACAUUGUGGGACUGGGAAAGAGCAAGGAACAGAGGGCGCCCACCAGGACGGAGGUUGCGGCAAGAAACAAAGCAGCCAAGCGGUGCAGCCCAGGGAAAGGAGAUCUGCCCAAGGAGAAUCCAUAUGAGGAUGUGGACUUAAAGAACCGAAGAGCAGGACGAAAAUCCCAGCAAGUGUCGGAGAACUCCUUGGACUCUUUGCACAGGAUGUGGAGUCCUCAGGACAGGAAGUACAACAACCCUCCCUCUCAGCUCUCCCUGAAGCCCAGCAGCCAGUCUCUGCGCAGUGGGAACUGGUCAGAGAGGAAGAGCCACCGGCUGCCACGAUUACCCAAGAGGCACAGCCAUGACGACAUGCUGCUGCUGGCCCAGCUGAGCCUGCCAUCUUCCCCCUGUAGCCUCAACGAGGACAGCCUCAGCACCACAAGUGAGCUGCUGUCCAGCCGCCGGGCCCGCCGUGUCCCCAAGCUCGUCCAAAGAAUUAACUCCAUCUAUAAUGCCAAGAGGGGAAAGAAGAGGUUAAAAAAGCUAUCUAUGUCCAGCAUUGAGACAGCAUCACUGAGAGAUGAGAACAGUGAGAGCGAGAGCGACUCUGACGACAGGUUCAAAGCCCACACGCAGCGCCUAGUCCACAUCCAGUCGAUGCUGAAGCGUGCACCCAGCUAUCGGACGCUGGAGCUGGAGCUGCUCGAGUGGCAGGAGCGGGAGCUUUUUGAGUACUUUGUGGUGGUGUCCCUCAAGAAGAAGCCAUCCCGAAACACCUACCUCCCUGAAGUCUCCUACCAGUUUCCCAAGCUGGACCGACCCACCAAGCAGAUGCGGGAGGCAGAGGAAAGGCUCAAAGCCAUUCCCCAGUUUUGCUUCCCUGAUGCCAAGGACUGGCUCCCUGUGUCAGAGUACAGCAGUGAGACCUUUUCUUUCAUGCUGACUGGGGAAGAUGGUAGCAGACGGUUUGGCUACUGCAGGCGCUUACUGCCAAGUGGGAAAGGGCCUCGGUUGCCAGAGGUGUACUGUGUCAUCAGCCGUCUUGGCUGCUUCGGCUUGUUUUCCAAGGUCCUAGAUGAGGUGGAGCGCCGCCGUGGAAUCUCUGCUGCGCUGGUUUAUCCCUUCAUGAGAAGCCUCAUGGAGUCACCCUUCCCAGCCCCAGGGAAGACCAUCAAAGUGAAGACAUUCCUCCCAGGUGCUGGCAAUGAGGUGUUGGAGCUGCGGCGGCCCAUGGACUCCCGGCUGGAGCAUGUGGACUUUGAGUGCCUUUUCACUUGCCUCAGCGUGCGCCAGCUCAUCCGAAUCUUUGCCUCACUGCUGCUGGAGCGCCGGGUCAUCUUUGUGGCGGAUAAGCUCAGCACUCUCUCCAGCUGUUCCCACGCGGUGGUGGCCUUGCUGUACCCCUUCUCCUGGCAGCACACCUUCAUUCCUGUCCUACCGGCCUCCAUGAUUGACAUCGUCUGCUGCCCCACCCCCUUCCUGGUUGGCCUGCUCUCCAGCUCCCUCCCUAAACUGAAGGAGCUGCCUGUGGAGGAGGCACUGAUGGUGAAUCUGGGAUCUGACCGAUUCAUCCGGCAGAUGGAUGAUGAGGACACACUCUUACCCAGGAAGUUACAGGCAGCUCUGGAGCAGGCUCUAGAGAGAAAGAACGAACUGAUCUCCCAGGACUCUGACAGCGACUCCGAUGAUGAAUGUAAUACCCUCAACGGGCUGGUGUCAGAGGUGUUUAUCCGGUUCUUUGUGGAGACCGUGGGGCAUUACUCCCUCUUCCUGACACAGAGUGAGAAGGGGGAGAGGGCCUUUCAGCGAGAGGCCUUCCGCAAGUCUGUGGCCUCCAAAAGCAUCCGCCGUUUCCUUGAAGUUUUUAUGGAGUCGCAGAUGUUUGCUGGCUUCAUCCAAGACAGGGAGCUAAGAAAGUGUCGGGCAAAGGGCCUCUUUGAGCAGCGAGUGGAACAGUAUUUAGAGGAACUUCCAGACACUGAGCAGAGUGGAAUGAAUAAGUUUCUCCGAGGUUUGGGCAACAAAAUGAAGUUCCUCCACAAGAAGAAUUAAACCCCUUUCCCAAAAGCUGGGACUCGCAUGAGUCCAGUGCCUUGCAGAGCCUGGAGCCUGGGGAGGAUACCCAGCCUGGGACCCCCAGGGCUGCUGUAGCUGCUCUGCCCCACAGAUCCCACCCUCCAAGCCAGCCCACCUCUGCCUUCAUGAUAUCCCAGGAUACUGUUUGUAAAUAAUCUGCUGUAAGCUUUCUUAACUGUUUUUGUAACAAGCAAAGAGAAUCUGAUAAAUAUUUGUAUAGUCCCAAGGGCCGGGUGCUUUCCUGCCCUGAGCAUGGAUGGAGUUUUGCUGGGUGCUGGUGACUGGCCAAUUAUGUGCAGCUGACUGUCUCGGCCGAACCACUGAUAAUCCCUGGAGGCUUCUGGCCUGCCUGCCCGCCCAGGCCCCUGCUGCCAGUCUCGGGCCCUGGAGAGCAGAUGCUGUCUUGUUCUGUACAGGAGGACUAUGUUUUUUUAAAUCUUAGAGUUUCUAUUUUUUUCUAGUAAUAC